AUGCCUUGGGUCAGUGUGUGUGAUACAAGAGUGCUGACAUGAAAGUAUUGAUCAACAGAAUCAAUUACAAUCUAAUGGAAAUAUGAUUUUGCUUUCGGGCUCUGCCUGGAUGUAUCUGAGACAUACGCUUCUGUUCUAAAGCAUCUGCAAAGAGAUUUAAUUGGAUGGCCAAGUUAAGCAUCACUGAUGUCUUGAAGGAACAUCAAAUACAUUUUCUAAUGUGGAACCAACAGAGGCCUGCAGUGCAAACCUGUCUCCAUCAUGGUCCCUGUAAGACCUUAGAAGACUUGUCCCGCAUGUGCACUGUAACUCAGGAGGAGGUGGUGACGGUUCCCCAGCCGCCUCACGUUCCUGUUCAGAAGGAGGUGGUGAUGCCGCCUUCUCACGUUCCUGUCCAGGAGGUGGCAACGGUCCCCCAGCUGUCUAACGUUCCCGUCCUCGAGGAAGAGGUGGUGAUGCCGCCUUCUCACGGUCCUGUCCAGGAGGUGGCGACGGUUCCCCAGCCGCCUCAUGUUGCCGUCCAGGAGGUGGCGAUGGGGCCGCUGCCUUCUCACGUUCCCGUCCAGGAGGAGGUGGUGAUGCCGCUGCCGCCGCCAUCUCACGUUCCUGUCCAGGAGGAGGUCGCUAUGUCGCCGCCGCCUUCUCACGUUCCUGUCCAGGAGUACCAGCGGCGACCGGCCCGCAGCCGUCCAACGCCCCUGUCUCGACGGCGACAGGAGCUGAGGAGUUCUGUUGAGCCACCCCUGAGCUGGAGAGACUUCAGGAUGGCUGUGAUGGUGGUGGUCAUGGCUUGGGUCCUUCUCUCCAUCAUCCUCUUCACUCCUGAUGUCUCCCAGCUGCUUCAUGACCUGGCCUUGUUGGUGACCAAUCCACGGCUGCCUCCUGACCAAGCCUCGGUGGCGACCAAUCCCUGGUCGUCUCGCAACCACGGCGUGGGAGGAUUUCACGUUUACUGAAGCAUCGCAGACACAAUAUUUCAUCCUGAAUACUGGAGAAAGUUCGUUUGGCAAAAUAUGUUCCCUUGAAGUGAGGCGCAAUGAUGGUCUCACAUGAAUGGAAAUAGCGACGGAAGACAACGUGAUUGAAUACGGGAUGAGCUGGUUAUAACCGCAGGCGACUUAAAUAUGUCCACGGACCUCAUUAACCUUUCCCCACCCAUGCCCAACUGUUCGUGAAUUGUAAGGCUGGAGAAAAUUACUCAGGGACAUCUAGAGCUUUUUUUUUUACUCAUAUGUGAGUCUGCUUUCAUCACAGUAAUUUACCUUUUCAUGUUUUUCUUGGAUUUUUUUUAAUGAAAAUGGUGCAGCAAGGUAUGGGAAAAGGAAAAACACAACUUAGCUCUACUAAGGUAUAACAGUUGAGUUAUUUGCCCCCACCACCUCCAUUGGAUCGACAUCAAAUUUUCCAAGACAUUUGAGAAUUCAUCUUCAUUCAUCCAUUUUCCGACCCACUUAUUGUCACAAGGGUCACGAGAGUGCUAGAACCUCGCAUGCUUUCAUGUAAAUGCAUGUGCAUGGCCAUGCAUGUGUGUGUGUAUUUGCUAUUUAUGCAUUUAGAUCCUUUGAGAGAGACUGUCUCGGCUAUAUACUGCAAUUUAACAAAGAUUCAAAUCAAUUAGAAGGAUUAACUGACUAAUAAGUGAAGAUUGCUUCACUUAAUGACUUGCUGCUUUAAUUUGAACACUCAGUCCCAUAAAGCAGUGAGUUAUUAAACUGCAAAGCAUGGGUAAUGAAAAGAGAUAAUCACUGUGUGGAAAUAAAUUGCAAAAUUGUUUUGCUUUGAUGGCAUGCAUUACACUUCAGUGCACACUGUAAACAUAACAAAGUGAAAGAGUUUGGGCAGGACGGUGGAGCAAAUGGUUAAGAGCAUUGGCCUCACAGUUCUGAGGAUUGGCUCCAGCACUCCCGUAACCGUUGUGAGGAUAAGCAGCUCAGAAAAGAGAUGGAUUGGACCCAGGCUUCCAAGUUGUACAAUAUAUGCGUCUUUAAGAGUCUUGGGUUCUUGGUGGUUCUUGUUUAAUCAGAAUCUGAGUCAGCUUUAUUGGCCAAGUAAGUAAACAAAACACAAGGAAUUUGUCUCCAGUAGUUGGAGCCGCCCUAGUAUGACAAACAUGUUGAGCACGAAAAAAAAACAGUCUAUUGUCAUGGAACCUUUUUUUUCAACUCACACCUGUGCAAAGUUUGUGCAAUGGAAGCAGUCGUCUAGCAUUUAGAGCAGUUAGAAUGCCCAUUGUAGCAAUGGUCCAUUGAAAUGAGCAUUGUGCCAAGGGUGUCAAGACUUCAAGGAGAAUGAGGAAUAUUUCAAGUGAUAUUGUGAUGGUACAAUAUACUGUGCAUUGUAUAAUAGCUGGUAAUCUUACUCUAGCAAAAACUUUGCUUAUUUCAGUGGAAAAACUUUUUUAGUACCCUUGAAAAGAAACAAAAUAGCCUAAGUACACUACUUGGCAAACUUGCUUUAAAAUGUUGUGAGCACAGAAUAGUGCAUGGCAGAAAAGUUCAUUUGAGACGUUUGAGAUCUGGAUGGAAAUAUUACUUUUUCCCAAUAGUCUAAAUUGUAACUCAGAUUUUAAAUCAUAGUAUAUCUCACUCUGGCGGCUAUGCAGGGAAUGAUGCCCAUGACAUUUUUUUUUUUUUCAUUAAAGCCGAACUUUAUAUGUAGUCUUUUACGCUCGAGUGUCACAUUUAGUCUAUUCCGAGAAUAGGGAAGCGGCAAGGUGGAUCAGCUGGAAAGUGUUGGCCUCACAGUUCUGAGGUCCCAGGUUCAAUCACAGACCCGUCUGUUUGGAGUUUGCAUGAUCUCCCCCUGCCCCCUUUUCUCCGGGCACUCCGGUUUCCUUCCACAUUCCAAAAGCAUGCAACAUUAAUUGGACACUCUAAAUUGCCCUUAGGUGUGAUUGUGAGUGCGACUGUCUGUUUCCAUGCACCCUGCGAUUGGUUGGCAACCAGUUCAGGCUGUACCCUGCCUCCUCGCCGUUGACAGCUGGGAUAGGCUCCAGAACUCAAGUGAGACUUGUGAGGAUAAGCAGCUAAGAAAAUGGAUGGAUGAAAAUAGGGAAGUUUUUACCUCAUUAUCAUAUAACACUUUUCCUUUCAUCACUUUCAUCUCUUUAAUCCUGUGCACAAUUUUACCUCUCAAAUUGUACUACAGGUUUUGAUGUUUGUUCUGAUUCUUCUGAUGCUCUCAAGGUUCAAGGACCUGCUGUACAUAUGAUAUGUAUUUUGGUUACUUUCACCAAAGUAAUGCUCAAGCCAUGAGAUUACUUUAGCUGGAGAUGAAAGGUGCUUUUUUUCUGCAGUCAUGCCUGAGGGCUUCAACACUGGUCUUCACAUUAGUCUAUAUAAGGCUCAUCUCCUUUGGAACCAUUAGACGAUAAUAUUUUUCAUUUUGCUAAUUCUGCCUUUUUAAAAAUAACAGCUAUCGAUAAAAAAUAAAUGGAUUACAUUACUUUUAAAUAUCAAAACAUUUACAAGAAAAAAAACAUCAUG